UUUAUUUUCGGACAUGAAGUAUUUUUCUGUUUAAGUAUAGACCUUUAUAUAUACAGUCUAUGGUAUAGACACGCCCGUCGGGUAUGAGUGACAACCACAUACUGAACACAGACAGGACCGACUGUAAAAUGAAUGAUUUACUAAUGCUGAGACCAUUUUUAUUGUAAGUGAACAGUUAAACCGAUACUCAGGGAAACUGCAUUAUUAAAGAAUCUUCACUCCCGAAGCAUGAAGGUCCUGAACAAAGACGAACUAAAGGUUGCAGAAGGAGUUCUCCUGAAGCACUUACCCAGGAGUUUAAAGGUAUACGGUUUCCUCUAUGGCAUAAACAGGAAUAAACCAAGCACACUGGAGGUAAUCGUUGAUACAUGGCCUAAUUUUAACAUCAUCAUUUGUAGACCCGACCCAAAGAACAAGCGCGCUCUGGAGUUCAUGAAAAAAGUCACGUACUACAGCAUGGAUGACCAGAUUUUAAGAAAAGUGCUGACAGAAGAAAAUGCAAUUGACUGGAGCACUUAUUUUCUUAUUGGAGGAUUUGACAUUUCUCAUGCCCCCAUCCUCAAAGAAGUGUCUUCUCACAGAGGAAUCAACAACCGAUGCUAUACUGCAGUGCGCCUUCUGUAUUUGCCAGACAGCACCCAUCUGCUCAAACCAGCAGCUGACAGUGAGCUUGAAUCAAGGAUUUCAUCUCUUAACCUUUCCCAUGUUGACUUGGUGAAUACAACCUGGAAGUUUGGAGGGAAUAAGCAGGGUUACAGGAACAUUGAAAACCUCAUCAGCAACUUCCCAUCAUGCUGCAUCACUGACGGCCAGGGUCAGCCGCUGUCCUGGAUCCUGGUGUAUGAUUACUGUGCAUUGGGCUUAUUGUACACUCUGCCAGAGCACAGAGGGAAAGGCUACGGCAAAGUCCUGGUCAGCACCAUGGCCAAGAGACUCCACUCUCAGGGCUAUCCGGUGUACUGCUUCAUAGAGGAGGAGAAUGACACCUCCUACAAGCUCUUUAAAAAUCUGGGUUUCAUUGAGGAACCCUCUUACAGGGCGGCAUGGUUGGAAUUCAACUUUUGAUUUUGUACUCAUUGUGAUCGAGUUUAUAGCUGACAUAAUAUCAGGUAAACAUUGUUUUUCUCAGUGAAUGAAUAUGGGAGCAAACUAUUCAUUUUACAAAUGUUAAAGGCUCUCCAAAACAAUGCAUCAAAACCUGUUUGGUAACAAUGGUUCCCCUAAAUAAAGACAUG